GUACAUUUUUGUGGGUGUGAAUCUCCACGUGGAAACUCCUAAACCCAGCAGCACACUGGAAACUGCAAAUGCUUAAAAGUGCUGGCUGCCGCCUCUUGUAAUUUCCUCUACUCUGUUGACUGCUUACGUGCUGUAUCUUUAUGCCAUUACCCCGCGCUUGCAAUAUAUUUACUCUUUUAGAAAAAACCAGAAACCAGAGUCCCCUCCCUCCCCAUUGGUUUUUGUAUACCCAUUCUCCACGCCUUAUCAAAUCACCUUCUCUCGAACCUGUUCUUUAUAAACAUCGAAACCCGUUCUUCCCUGACCCACCAAAUUUUCAGCUUAUUAAUAUCUUCGAGGCGAUCGACUUCGUAUUAUUUGAUUUGAACUUGCUAUAUUGGUCCCAAGCUUUUAGUCUUUCGUUUUAGGCCGACACAAGGUUGAAAGAGAUGAUUCUGGUGGCAAUAGUGGCGGAGCUACUGGAGGAGUACACGGUGCUGUUGGCUAGAGUGCUUGAGCAUUUGUUUCAUGAAGCUCCUUUUCCAAGGCGUAUUCGUUUCCUUAUCCUCCGCAGCCUUCCUUUCGUUUCCUCCACUCCCCCUCUUCUCCGAGCCCCUGCUUAAAAGUUAAAACCACUGUGUUUUUCCCCCUUUUGUUCCUUUUUCUUUUGCUUUUACAUUAUGGAUAUAGACAUGCGGAUUUCAAUUAUCUGUACAGUCUCCGGAGUUCUCUUUUCUUCAUCUAUGUAAUAUAAUUUUCAUUUGGAAAUUGCAUAAUGCUAGAUCUUGAUUCUUUUGAGUCUUGUUGAUUUGCUUUUCUGGGUAGUUCAAUUUGAUCAACUGAAACAUCA